AUGCCUGCCUUGAAAGAGCAAAACCCACAACUCAAAGGAAGCUCUAAGCUCAGCUCCAGGCCAGUAGCAGGGGCUGUCCUGGUGGCAUUUCAGGAUGAGAAUAGGACUGUGAAUCGAAAUCGAGAGACACAGGUGUCCGCGGAGUAUCAGACUGGGAGCUCCCGACGGGACACCAGGCGCGGGGAGAUUCCCGGCUUCCCCCGCGGCCUCUCCGUCGCCCGGCAACGCCGCCGCACCGCUGUUCAGCACCGCCCCGCAGCCAUGGCAACGCGACCGCCGCAGAGCUGGCUUUGUGCUAGCACUGCCCAGGGCGCCCUGCUGGGGCCACGGGAUCCCAGCAUCCCGCUCCGAGUUGAAAGUGGGAGGGAAGGUCACGGAGAAGCCGAUGGGAAACGGGUGCGUGCCGCCCCCGUGCCCUGCGCCCUCCUCCUUUGCUGCGCCAGGGCAGGACCUCCCAGCCUCUGGGUCCGGGACUGCUGCGAAUCCGUCUCCGGCUCCCGGCCCAGCAGAGCUCAGACCCGCUCUGGAGAGCUGUCCGGAUGCCGCGUUUCCUUGGAGAUCAGCAGUUCCGCGUCACCCUCGGCAGCCAGCUCGGCUUCCAGAGCUGGGGUUGUGCUAUUGUUUGCUGCUCUUGAAAGGAGGUGGGGAGGAUGGGGGCGCCCCAGGCUGAGCCCAGGCAGGCAGACCUGGGGUGGAUUUUUUUGCAGAGCUUUUCCUCCUGCUUCUCCCAGCCCCUUAUGUUGCAUAUUCAUAAGAAGGCGGGGUCAUUUCCCAUCUCCUUUGAAUCUUCCAAGCUUGAGGAUCAGCGGAAAAGAAUUGAGGUUGACAUACUCUGUGGUCAGAAGUGGGAUGGAACAAGGUUACCUUUGGAAGAGACUAGCAACCUUUGGGACAAGGCUGAAGUGCAGAGAUGGUAUCAUAGCUCACUGCAGUCGCCAACUCCUGGGCUCAAGAGAUCAUCUUGCAUCAGCCUCCUAAAGAGCUGGGACUACAGGGACCACCAUACCUGGAUAAUUUCUUUCUCUAUUUUUGCAGAGAUGGAAGUCUUGUUAUGUUGCCCAGACUCUUGUUGAACUCCUGGCCUCAAGCUAUCCUCUUGCUUGCCAAAGCCCUAAUAUUUUAUAUAAAAUGUGCAUUA